ACCAUUACUUGGGAAUGGAUCGUGUCUCGUUCACAGACACGCGCUCCCUCCAGCAUGCGGGCGCGCUCCCUGCAUCCCCGGCACCGCGCGCCCCCGCCCCUCCUCUCUCAUACUGCUACCAGAGAAGAGGCUGCUGAUGCUGUGCAUGAAACCCGCGGGUGAGAGGCCACGUGACUGGGGAAGAGGGCGGAGGGGACCCGGAAUCACCCAGGCUGUAUGCAUUGGGGUAUAUUACCAGAAUUGGCUGCAGUAGAAGAAAAAAGUCAGACAUUUCUCCAGGUUUUGUAGGAAGAUUUAUGGCAAAUAAUGUCAACCUCUAACAACAUUGCGCAAGCUCGGAAGCUUGUGGAGCAGCUCCGUAUCGAGGCUGGUUUUGAGAGAAUCAAGGUAUCUAAAGCAGCAUCAGACCUCAUGAGCUAUUGUGAGCAGCAGGCUAAAAAUGACCCGCUGCUGGUUGGAUUGCCAACUUCAGAAAAUCCAUUCAAGGACAAAAAGCCAUGCUCCAUUUUAUAAUGCCCUCUUGCAAGUAUGACCACUAUUUCUUCAUCCGCUCACGGAGUCUAAGGGAGAAGGCUGGACCAAUUUCAAGCUUAUGACGAUCUUCAAAAAAUUGAGAAAGAAAAAAGGCUAUUAUAUGAAAGAAAAUUAUAGUUCAAAUAUACUAAUACAUUUGAACGACAGCGGUAGUAGUUUUACAUUUUUGGUGUUUCGGGGAGAAAUAUCUGUGUCACUGAGUAUUCAGCAAGGAUUUCCUGAACAUUACCUGACAGUUUUUUGUGCUGUACUUAGAAUUAUAGACUUAAUGGACAGAGAGCUUAGACAGUAUUUACUGACACUAUUUUGUUUGUGUAUGUGUAUUGCUUCACAAACUCAGUGGAAUUGGUUUAUUUCGUUUUUGUGAUGUAUGCCCCAUGAUAUUGAUAGGACUGUAUUUUGUGUUUAUUUUAUACUUCUGUCUGCUGUCAAGGAUUCCUUUCUGAAGACAAUACAAUCUUGCAAGCAUAAUGCCAUACUUGUUUUCA